AUGGCUCACCUGGGGCGCGUUAUGCGACGGCUUGAGUCCUUUCGAAAGCUCGAUACCAUCCAUACUGACUCCUCGUCUACCACGACAGAAGCGCCACGGGUAAAUCUCCCACAUGUGGACACACAGCUGAACAUGCACCAAUGCAAUGACUUUUUUGAAGAUGAGGCUGGUAACGGGCUUGGGCUGAUGGCGGAUGAAAAUGGCAUUGACACUAGUCUGACCGAGCUACCUCGGUAUACUGACAACCCGCUGGUUCCCGCAGACUCCAACAAUUCCCCGUCACAACCAUCCAAUUCAUCCGAAAGCCCAAAUCUGAAUACCGAGGCCCCCACAGAAUGGUCCGCCGUCGGCCAUGCCGCAACCGGCAAAUCCGGACGUGUCAUCCAUAACCUACAAGAAGAGAUCGCGCGCCUCACACGCGAAUGCAGCCUAUACCGAUCGCGCGCCGAGGAGACACAACGUUCCAACGAAGCCUUGAAGAUCCAAGCACAGAACAUGAACGAGCGGCUUCGAAAUCUAGAGCAGGUCAACGAGACCAAUUUGAACUCCAUUGCUCGCAAAGACCGGAAAAUCGAAGAACUCCGUGCCGAGCAUGCGGGCGAGCGGAGUAAACGCCAAGAUGCUGAAGCGGACGCGAGCAGAACAAAUGAGACUAUGCGUGAAGAACGCGAGAACCAUCAUCGGGAACAGGCACAUACACAGGAGAUUGCCAAGUACCAUGAGACACAGUAUGAGGUCUUAUCCAAUACGACGAAGCGCGAGAAAGCUGAGCUGAGUCGUCGGGUGAAGGCGCUGUGGGCGGAGUUACAGGCGAUGGCAGAGGCACAGAAGACACAGGUGGUGUGUACGGAGCGGCUAGAUGUCAUCGCCGAACAAAAGAACAGGGAGGUGGAGGGGCUAAAGGAAGCCCACGAGAAGCUUUUGGAGAAUCAUGCAGAGUAUAAGAAGACGAAAGAUGAGGAGCUUCGGGGAACGAUUGAGCGGGCCCAUGCCAAUAAUGCCAUGAUUGAUGCUGCUAUUGUGUCUUUGAAGGAGACCGAAGCAGAGAUGAAGUGGGCUAUCCAGUUGAACAAGAACCAAGUUCGUGACUGA